AUGGCAAACUUCGUUGUUGGAAACACUUACAUGAAUACCGCUCCACAAUUACCGCCUGGCGUGGCUGCUCAGGGUGCUGGUCAAGGUGAUAACCAACAAGAACAAGCUCGUCAGCAAGCAGAAAAUCAAGAAAAUGCCUUAAAUUCGAUGCUUUCACAGAUUCUUGACCAGCAAGCAUUAGUGCGUCUAAGCAAUCUAGCUGCUGCAAAGCCUGAAAAGGCUAAAAUGGUUGAAUCUGCAGUCAUAAAUAUGGCUCGACGUGGCCAAAUUGCCGGUAAACUGUCAGAUGAAGGCUUCAAGCAGUUGAUUGAGCGUAUUUCUCAACAAACGACACGUACCACUACUUUCGAUCGACGUCGCAACAACCUUGAUUCUGAUGACGAGGACUAUUGA